GCAGGCAAAUACAAGCCCAAAAUGACUACAAUUAUUUGGCCGAAGCAAUUCUCUCCUGUUGAAGAUGCAGAAAAUAUCAAGAAGGCUUGUCAAGGAUGGGGAACGGAUGAGAAAGCCAUAAUUUCGAUACUUGGACAUCGAAAUCUGUUCCAAAGGAAGCUUGUUAGACUAGCUUUUCAAGAGAUAUACCAUCAAGAUCUCCUCCAGCAACUCAAAUGCGAGCUCUCUGGAAACUUAGAGAGAGCUAUAAGUUUAUGGACUCUGGAUCCUGCAGACCGAGAUGCUGUUUUAGCUAAUGAAACAUUGCAGAAGAGUGAUCCUGAUUAUAGAGUCAUUAUUGAAAUUGCAUGUAUCAGAUCCCCUGAAGAUCUCCUGGCUGUGAAACGUGCUUAUAAAUUUCGCUACAAGCAUUCCCUCGAAGAAGACCUCGCUUCUUUCACCACUGCUGAUAUUCGAAAACUUUUGGUUGGCGUAACAAGUGCAUAUAGAUAUGAUGGCGAUGAAUUUGAUGAGACAGUGGCACAAUCCGAGGCUAGUACUCUCCAUCAAGAAAUCCAUGGAAAGGCUUUUAACAACGAGGAAGUGAUUAGGAUAUUGAGUACUAGGAGUCAAGCACAGCUCAAUGCUACAUUCAACAUCUACAAAGACAUCUAUGGUCAUUCCAUCACUAAGGGUUUUCCAGGCGGUGAUUAUUUUUCUACAUUGCGUACUGUGAUACGUUGCAUUCGAGAUCCUAAAAAGUAUUUUGCAAAGGUGUUACGAUCAGCCAUUAAUCUGGAAGAGACAAAUGAAGAUGCUCUGAGUAGCGUGAUCGUAACUCGCGCAGAAAAAGACUUGAAGGAUAUAAAGGAAUUGUACCUGAAGAGAAACAACAUUUCAGUUGAUGAAGCAGUUGCGAGAGAAUGGUCCGGGGACUACAAGACCUUUAUUCUAGCCUUAUUAGGGGCAGACCAAAAUUAACAUCAACCUCUAUCCUACUUUGGUUCUAAAAUUAUAGAGUGGGUUAGUUUAUAGACUCAUUUACUUAGAAAGUGAAUAAGGAAAUCUUUGCAAUAAAGUUUGGACAAGUUAAAAGGAGUAAA